AUGAAGGAGUUCAUCAAACUGACCGAUCACAUCUUUGAGGAGAUCUUAUACUCCACUGAUGACAAGCUGAAAGAUGCCCGGAUGAAGCUCAAGGAUGUUGUGAAGAGACGCCUGCCCAAGUGUGUGGGAGAGACGAGAAUAACACAAACUAAACACAACGACAAACAGAGCUUACAGGAAGAGUGGAAUAAAGCAGUGGACGAGUGGAACAAACUUAUCCCAACUGUUUUCUUGGAUAAGAAGGAUUUCAUCAUUGAUACUAUUCAACUGGACUAUAGUGACAAGAAGACUAAAAACAAGGCUGAAAAAAGUCUGGACCUCAUCAAAAAAGUCUAUUUCUACAGGAAGAGAAACCCCACUGAAGGAAUCAACAUUAAGGAAUAUGAGAUAUCCAGUCUGCUGCCAAAGGAGUCUACUGAAUAUGUUGGUCGGGUUUACUACACAAAAAAAUCAGACGAGGAGGAGAGGGAUGCUAAGGAGUGCUUCAGAUGGUGGCGUCUCCGUGAGGACGGGGUGUGUAUGAUUCUGGUCUUCGAUCAGGAAGAGUUUAGAGGCAAUAGGAGCUUGAUCACAGGAGACUGUCCAUCAUUGGACAGCUGUGAUAUAACAGAGGUCCGCUCCUGUAAGGUGCUCAGUGGUGUGUGGGAUCUCUAUGAGGGUCCUCACUACAGGGAACCCAGUUACCGACUGCAGGAGGCGGAGUAUCGAAACCAUGAGGCUUGGGGUGGCAGUGACAGCACUGCUCAUGCUCUGUCUGUUAAACGUGUGACAGAAUAA